AGCAGGAUGGUUUUAUAAGAAACUGGUGCCUUUUGGCGCUGUAUAAAACGAGCAGGGUGCCUUUUUCAGUACUCUACAAACACCUGUCAACAGCUGAAAGAUGAAGUUUGGGAAGAGCAUCUGUAUCCUUAAUGUGGGUGGCACAAAAUAUGCGUUCUCUAAGGAGGUGAUAAAAGAUUUCCCUCUGAGUAGAGUGAGCCGUUUGCACAAAUGCGCCUCGGAGAAAGAAGUACUGGAAGUAUGUGAUGACUAUGAUCGGGAACGGAACGAGUUUUUCUUUGAUAGGCACUCGGAGGCUUUUUGUUUCAUCAUGCUGUACGUGAAGUACGGGAAGCUACGAUUCGUCCCGCAGAUGUGCGAGCUGUCAUUCUACAACGAGAUGAUUUACUGGGGGCUGGAGAGCUCACACUUGGAGUUUUGCUGCCAACGAAGACUGGAUGAUAGGAUGUCCGACUCAUACAUUCAUUUCUCGGAAGAGGAAGAUCAACUCGAGAAAGAAAUGAGGGGGGAGAAUUUGGUGACUCGAGUGGUCACAGAGAGAGAGGAUUCAAAGUGGCUGGAGAGAAUGAGAAGGACUUUUGAUGAACCGACUUCAUCAGUCGCAGCACAAAUCUUAGCUUCAGUGUCCGUUAUAUUUGUUAUAGUGUCCAUGGUGAUGCUUUGUGCAAGUACUUUGCCAGAUUGGAAAACCGCUGAGAACAACAGUGUGGUGGAGCACAGGUACAAUCCAGACUCUUUAGAGCAUCCAUCCGGGAUCAUCGAGGCUGUGUGUAUCAGCUGGUUCACCGCCGAGUGCAUCGUGCGCUUCAUCGUGUCGCGGGACAAGUGUGAGUUUGUCAAACGGCCCCUCAACAUCAUCGACCUACUAGCCAUCACGCCCUACUACAUCUCCAUCUCCAUGACGAUGCUGACAGGCGAGAACUCGCAGCUGCAGCGUGCGGGUGUCACCCUGCGUGUCCUGCGCAUGAUGCGCAUCUUCUGGGUGAUCAAGCUGGCCCGUCACUUCCUGGGCCUGCAGACUCUAGGGCUGACACUGAGGCGCUGCUACCGGGAGAUGGUGAUGCUGCUGCUGUUCAUCUGCGUGCCCAUGGCCAUAUUCAGUGCUCUAGCCCAGCUGCUGGAGCAUGGCCUGGACUUGGAGUCGCCCAACGAGGACUACGCCAGCAUCCCUGCCGCCUGCUGGUGGGUUAUUAUCUCCAUGACCACUGUGGGCUAUGGAGACAUGUACCCCAUCACCGUGCCUGGGCGAGUGCUGGGUGGCCUGUGCGUGGUGAGCGGAAUCGUGCUCCUGGCACUGCCCAUCACCUUCAUCUACCACAGCUUUGUGCAGUGCUACCAUGAGCUCAAGUUCCGCUCGGCCCGCUGCACGCGGAGCCUGUCCGCAGAAUUUCUCAACUGAGGGACCACUGACGUUGCAGGAGGGUUAAUGGGGGGGGGGCACCUCCAUCCACACUAGAACUGUGUAUUUAUCUGAAACGUGGCCUCUUUCAUUGUCUCACACGUAUUUUGUUGAUGUAUCCCUCAUCUUUGAACGUCAGUUGCUGGGGUUGUGGAUUUUGAGGUGUGCAGACAGCACAGCCUUCAACCUUCAACAGUAAAGUCCAAGUAAGAAGUAAUGGAACCUGAUGGGAACUAGGACAGUUUCCACGGCUGCCAUGGUGACAGUGGUUUUUGGGGCAGAGGGCAUCUGGAUCAUGUCAGACCAGAAGGAGGCCUUCACGUACUGUGGAUUACACUGCUGGCUGGCAUUCUUCUCUUCUCAUAUGGCGACAUGCAACAAAAGGGAUUUGAGUUUUAAUGUAAUUUUUUAAUCCCACUCUCUGACAGUGUCACAGUGUGGGAGAUGGGAAGGUAUAAUUUCGCUUCUCUUCCUUAGAUCAUUUAUUUCUAGUAUUCCGUCAGCCAGUGAGUGAACAACAAUGCAUUUCAAAGAACCAAAGUGUAUCAGUACAGUGUACACUGUAUGUUCCCUUUAACCUUUCACUGCAACGCUCACCUUUCUGCUUUUAUCUUGCGUACACAAACCUGACAGAUAUAAAGAGCAAUUUGAACGAGCCUAUUUACAACUCAAACAUGGUCGCAUUCUAAUCCUAUUACCUAUUCCCCCCUGAAAACCAAGCAAUGCAAAAUGGCUAUGAAAUGUAUUUGGAGAAACCAAGGGGGAGGGUUUUAACAAGAAAGAGUACAAUAUUGUGUGGGUCUGUCAGCUCAGCUCUGUAGGCAGGUCUGUAAUGUGGAACACCGAGCCACAGAGCGAGAGUGUGUCAUGGAGAGACGGGUGGUUCGGCUGACACUGUGCAGUGUAGUGAGGAGAGGGCAUGCAUGCCUCAGCCUCGGGAGCGCUGCGAGUCUACUGACUGGAGGAGUGUAACCAUUUGUGGCUGGUGUCAAAACCUUGGUAGCCUCUGCCUGUCACAACAAAGGCCCAUCCCACCAUCCUCAUCAGUACUGUAUGUCAAAACCACCACAGCCCUGGUAGGCACUCCUCUCAAUGUUGUUGUCUGGCCCACCUGCUUCUCCUCGACAUACUGUCGACGCCAUGUUUGAGUGGCUGGUGUGAUGCAUUCCGCCUCCUUUCCUGCCAGAGUGAAUUCGAUUGAAUCUGAAAAGCUUUCAUCAUGCCUUCAUUCAUUUCUAUGGUGGGGAAUUGGGAAUCAGAUCCUCAUGUGUUCUCUUCACAUCAGCCUGCUCCAGGGUAUACUACCUGUUAUCGCUAACAAGCACCAUCUCUCGUCUCUCAGAUUGUCGAUAGCUGUGUUUGCUCCUAGCACUUGGUUUAAGUAUUUGCUAAGAGAAUCUGUAUUUUGAACCAAAGCAGUUUUAUAUCUUCCGGAAUCACUUUAUAUAGUGGGAGCAUUGGACAGUUCAUCAAGUCAGUGACGAAUGUAUAUGGGCCAUAUUUGUGUGUUCUAUUUCAGGGUUUCUCAAAUUCGGUCCCGUUUUGGUUUUUGCCUUAGGACCACACAGCUGAUUCAAAUAAGCAACUCCUCAUCAAGCUUUGAUGAUUUGAAAUCAGAUGUGUAGUGCUAGGACAAAAACCAAAAUGUGCACCCAAGGGGGGCCCAGGACCGAGUUUGGGAAACCCUGCUCUAUUUGAUGUGAUUGUUAUUCACCGCUGGGAAUACCAGUCUAAUUGUACUAGUGAUGCUGGUUCUGUUUAUACAGAUUUGGUGUUCCUUUGCUUUGUCCUCAGUGUAAUGGUUUCCACUGGCUGCAGACAGCCCCAUCUGCUCUCUCUGAUCUGCCCUGCUUUAAUUUGGCUGCUUUUCCAAACACCGCAGUCACAAAACUUUAACUGUGUUGAAUAUGUUGAAUAUUGAUGGGAUAAGAUUGAUUAAACUCGGGCCUCCCGAGCGGCGCAGCAGUCUAAGGUACUGCAUCGCAGUGCUAGAGGCAUCACUACAGGUCCGGGUUCGAUCCCGGGCUGUGUCGCAGCUGGCUGUGACCAGGAGACCCAUGUGGCGGUGCACAAUUGGCCCCACAUCGUCCGGGUUAGGGGAGGGUUUGGGAUGUCCACAUCCCAUCAUGCUCCAGCGACUCCCUGUGGGCUGGGCUGUCCGUAUGCAUGCUGACCUCGGUCACCAGCUGUACUGUGUUUCCUCCGACACAUUGGUGUGGCUGGCUUCCGGGUUAAGGGAGCAGUAUGUCAAGAAGCAGUGCAGCUUGGCGGGAUUGUGUUUCGGAGGACGCAUGGCUCUCGACCUUCUCCAUACGGAGUUGCAGCGAUGGGACAAGACUGUAACUACCAAUUGGGGAGAAAAAAAUAUAUAAGAUUGAUUGAACUCGUUUUUUCAGACCGUAUCUUUUGGGAAUCAGGCACUUGAAAGAGAAAAGCCUUGACUAGACUUGGUUGACCUUAGCAAAUGUGACUUAGCAUGAAGGGAAAGGAAUAAGGGUGCUGUUCAGAGGUAUUGCAAUAAUCUUAUGGCAAAUGUCUCCAGGAGAAGAGUUGGUCAAAACCAACACACAGAAUGAGGUGCAAUCACACCAAAGAGCCUGAUAUUCGAGAGGAAACAACUUAAGUAUUUGCUUUGAGAGUGCGAGCACACAAUGAGUUUUAAACCUGAAGGGAACUGGCAGCAACACGUAGCCUAACUCUGUCAGCAACAAGACCCUCCUCAUCUAUGGGAAUAAUUCACUUUCUCUUGUCAACAUUCACACCAACAUUUAAUUAUCUCUGCUCUCAUUAAAAAACUCACAGGAAGUCACAUUUCUCCACGGCAAUGAGGAUUUAUAUAUCUGACCAGCCUACUUUUCCCUGGCAGAAAUCCACAUCAUUCAGAGCUCCCUGGAUUCCACUCCAUUUAAGUGAAUAUUUCCACAAGAUUCAGGGGGGACUGAGACUCUGACACCAUAAAAGACCACAUAUAGACCACAAUAGCUAGAUAUAUAUAUAUAUUUUUUUCCUCUCUCUCUCUCUCUAAGUGGGAUUACAAGACAAAUCAGGCAAUAAAAACACAUUGAGGAGAUUGAAGAUGGUUCACUCGUUAUAAGACCAUUGAGUGACCUAUUUAAUGUAUUUCUGACACCCUGUCACUGACAUUGCUCUACUCAAUGAAAUGUACAAAUAUUCCACACCCAAACUCAGUGCAAUCUUGAUAUUUGGACUGGGAACAUAUUACAUAAGUAUCUCUGUUGUCAUCACAAUAUGUAUUUUGACAUCGGACUAAAACUGUGAAUGCGAAGUGUGUGACAAGAAAAUGUGGACCACUAGUGAGUUUGAUCCCUUGUGAAAUAAACGCUUCUGGAAAAGUUGCUGUUGUGUUGAGGAUCAGGUAAGGUAAGGCAAUGUGAUUUUUGUUUUGUUGGAACAAAUGUUGUAUUUCUGAAUUUAGUAUUUGAGAAUAACUGAAUAAUAUUUCCACUACUGUAAAACCUUGUAGGACAUAUUUCCGUGCUCACGUGGAUGUAGUGGGGGGCAAAAGUGGCCCCACAGUUGUUACAAGACUUGAUAAAUAGUGAUAUUUCAGGUAGGACCUGCAACUUCUGAUUACUCUAGAGUACUUUGUCACAUCGAAACACCUUCUGUGGGCACCUUUAGCAUAUUGCCGCUUCAAUAGAAUGUACAAUUGAAACAGUGCAUAGGAUAUCUUUUGAAAAAAUGGUUGUUUAUGCAAGCCAUAUCUCCAAAAUGUUUGUUUUUUCCCUUAUUUUUUUAAUGAAACCAGCUAUUUUGUAUAGAGCUUAUGUUGUUUACAUAUAUAAUGGUUAUAUGGUUGUAUAUAAAUAAAGCUAAUCUGUCUAA